GCCUACACAUCGGCCCAUUCAAGAACCGAUGGGAAUGUUACGGCCAUUUUUUCCCUAAAACCCUAGAUAUUCUCUACAGACACAAAUCUUUUAUCUCUUCUUCUUCUUUACGCACAGUGGUCUCUCACUGUAACUUACAUCAACCACAAAAAGCUUCCAUUAUCUUCAUAGCAAACACUGCCAAACACAAUCACAAACUCCAUCUGUCUCUCCAUGUCUCCAAUGAAAAGUUUCCAUUCCCUUCGACCACGUUCAACACAACUCACGGUCUCUCCAUCACUUCAAGACCGAAUGAAAACCGAUAGUAGUACGGCGUUUACUUGCCGUUGAACCGCGCAAAAUCUCGUCAGCACCAAAGCCGUACGAUCCCAGACGCAAGACCGUACUAGUUCCGCGAACACUGUCGACCAUAAGAAUCCCGCCGCACCGACGAGCCUCCCUCCUUCAUCUUCCCAGACGAGCUCUUCUAUCAGCCACCACCACCCUCAGAUUUAUUAGUUAAGGCCUUGAACGAGAUCAAGGAUUCUCUGGGUUGGAGAGUUGUUUAUGCUUGGGUAGGAGAUGAUCCUUGUGGUGGUGGUGGUGAUCUUCCUCCUUGGUCUGGUGUUACAUGUUCUACUGAGCUGUGAGUAUUUUAUUUUUGUCCUAACUUAUGUUUUGUGGAAUAAAGUUUGAUUUUUUAUUUUAGGAAGUUUUGAUGUGUUUGUAAUUGUUAUGGGUUAGAUUUGUGGUGUGGUGUUGGUAUAAUUGGAAUCGGUUUGUUGUUGAAUUGUACGGAGGUGUAUGCGGUGUCGGUUGUUGGGCCUUUUCCUACUUCUGUUACCAGCUUGUUGGAUCUUACACGAUUUACAUUGAAACAUUUCCAGGAAAAUUAGGAACAAGGAACGGUUAUGUGUAAGAAGAAACUUUAUCUUGAGUUGGAUCAAGGUAGGCAAGUGUUCACGGUGGACCUUCUUGAACGACAAGCUGCAAAGGGGCGUGGAGUUAUCACUUGUAUGGCUGCUGGAAACGAUGUCAUUGUUCUUGGAACUAGCAAAGGAUGGGUCAUUAGGCAUGAUUUUGGAGUUGGCGAUUCGUUUGAGUUUGAUCUGUCUGCAGGUCGUCUUGGGGACCAGUCAAUCCACCGGGUUUUUGUUGAUCCAGGGGGGUGUCAUUGUAUUGCCACUAUCGUUGGUCAGGGUGGAGCUGAAUCUUUCUAUACUCAUGCGAAAUGGACCAAGCCGCGAGUUUUGAGCAAGUUGAAAGGUCUUGUUGUGAAUGUUGUUGCAUGGAACAGGCAACAGAUAACUGAAGUUUCCACAAAGGAAUUCAUUCUCGGUACAGACAAUGGUCAACUUCAUGAAUUGGCUGUGGAGGAGAAAGACAAGAAGGAAAAAUAUAUUAAGUUUCUCAUGAAUUGACGGAACUUCCAGAAGCUUUAAUGGGUUUACAGCUGCAGAAUCAGUAGACCAAGGAAAAAAAAACAUGUCAGCAACUAAAUGAUCUGGUUUAUCUUGUUCCAAAACCUGUUUGAGUGGCUCCCUUAGAAGCAAAGUGGAUUUCAUGAACUUGUCUGGUGCUAAUGCUUACUCGGAAUUUUCACAACCUUCGAGUAAGCCGGUUUCUUCGGGUGAAGGGAACUUGAUGGUUCUGAUGCUGAUUUUGGCUUUUCCAAUUGUUCUAGAAAUGAGAAGCACGUUGAGAUGGGUGGUUUCUAUGGUGAUUUUGAAUCCUCUUGAAGAUAAGACUCUUGCAAGGUCUAUACACGGUAUGAUGUGGUCGUUGGCUAGAAAGGGGAAGAAGAUUAUGUAAAGAUCUUGAUUCUGGUUAGCCAUGGUGAGUUUGUAAGUUCUAGUUAUUUGUAAUGAAAGGGAAAUGAAAUGAUAAAGAGUUUGUAAGUUCUGGUUAUUUGUAAUGAAAGGGAAAUGAAAUGAUAAAGAGUUUGUUAUAAUUCUGUUGUUUAUAUAGAGAUUAGUGUAGUUACACAGUUUUAAUGUCACGUUUUGCAUGGGUUGUUAAUAUAUUAUUAUUUUUAUAAA